GGACAACCUAACGCUACUUUAUUAAGGUAUUGCUCAUUUCAGCUGUGUUCGCCUUACGGCCUCCUGCCCAGACAGCGCGGCAACUACAGGUAUCCAUACCCGGUGCAGAUACCCGCAAGGCAAGGUCGCUAUUUAUAGAACUUGUCCAGGCGUACUAGAAACGGCAAUAAGGGUUUUGAUUACCUUGCGGCUGUGAACUGGCGUGGCCUUCGGGCCUGGGGCUCAGCGUAAUGAAUAUGCGAGCGGCGCAUAUCUUAGAAAAAGGAAAAGCGUCAAGCGGUGGGCGUCAUGGAGUUCAGCGACCGUGCUCUGCAAAGGUCUGCAGCGCAUUCCACGGCCAUGCCUUUAAGCGACACCUUAGCACCGCAAGGUUUUUCUCUGGUCAGCGGGACCCGUCGCCAGCUGGCUUGGUGCGCUUUGCUUGCUGCGCUGUUCCAGGAUCCCCACAGCAAGCAGCAGCAACCCUCACAUCGGCCCCCUUGCACCCGCAAGGUCAGCAGUCGCCGCUUGCCAGCAACAACUCUGCAACCAGCCAGCCACCACCUCUUGAACCCCAGCCUCAGCCCCAGUUGCAGCAACCACCCCCGCCAACCGACGACCCCACCUGGCGCUCGGCGGAACGCGUGUUGCGGCUAACCACGUUGGUUGAGACCCGGCGGUUGUACCGCAACUGCAUUCGGGCGCUCCACCUGCUCUCCCUGCCCAGCCCGCUGUACACGCCACCGCAGCAGCAGCAGGCAGCAGCGGAGGAGGAGCAGCAGCAGCAGCAGCAGGCAGAUGAUAUCACCCCGGGGACCCCGGGCGCAGGCGACAAUAUCGACCUGGACGCUGUUGAGGACUACUACGGCGAUGACGGCCCCACGGGCUCCCCCCCCUCCUCCCCCAGUAGCAGUAACAGCAGCGGCAGCAGCCUGAUUCGAGCCCGGCUGCUGGGCGGCUCGCUGGCUUCCUCGGAGGAGGAUAAGGCGCUCAAGGGGGCGCUGGAGGCGGUGGCGGAGAUGGCGCUCGUGGCGGAGCAACUCAAGGCCAGUCUGCGGGCGCUUCCAGCUGGUUUCGGCGCGCUCAUCUUCGCCCCCGGCUCCGAAGCCGCGAGUGAGGAGCGGGUGCGGGCGGUGGCGCGGCGGCACGCGGCGGACCUGCGGGAGCGGCUGGGGGCGGAGCUGCCGCUGCUGCCGGUGACCAGCGAGACGGCCCAGGCCUACAUCGAGGCCCGCAACGCCAAGUACAGUCGGCGAGUGGCGCUGGAUGAGCUGCAAGGGGGGAGCGGGGGAGGGGGAGGAGGGAGCACUGCAGGGGUUGGUGGGGGUGGAGGGGAGCUGGGCGGCUCCCCAUCAACAUCUCCCUCGGGUCGGGCGAGUGCGCUGGAGCGGCUGGAGGCUGCCGAGCGGGUGGCGGGGGAGAUCAUCGCCAACAACAUCAAACCGGCGCUCAAAAAGGCCUCGGAGCAGGACCUGCUGCAGGUAGCUCGCGACGCGGGCGGCUACCUGCGCGACCUGUGGGUGCGGCUCAACGGCGGGCGCACGCAGGCGGGGCAGCUGGCGGCGCUGGCAGCGGGACUGGACCUGCCGCGACCCGUGGGUCGGCAGGGGGAGAGGGAGAUGACCAUCAGCCAGCUGGUGUUGGAUCUGGAGGCGCUGGAGAAGCAGCUGCAGGAAGCGAGCAAGAGCCGGGAGAACAAGCUGAGGAAGGCGGGGCUGCAGGGCAGGGUGCAGAUGGCCAUCCAGCUGCGCUCGCUGGACGCCCGCGUGGCCCUCCUCAGCUCCUCCCUCGCCGUACGCACCCUGCAGCUGGAGAUGGAGCACGUGUACGGCAGCCUGGAGGCGGAGGCGCUGGACUUUUUGAACGGAGUGCUGAGGGGGGGUCUGCUAGCCCGCGACGGAUCCACCACCGAGUUAGCCCUGCUGGUGGCGGAGUUUGCCCUGCUUGAUGAGCAGCUCUCGCUGCUGGCGGCGGCACUUGAAGGGGGGGAGCAGCAGGGGCAUGCAGCCGGGCAGGAGGC